UUGCAUUUGUAAGGAGGCCUCGACCAUGGAAAUGAGAUGGAAGCAGCAAUCUCCGGGCUGGUAACGCUUUGCGAAUCGCCCAGUAGCUUGUCCUUGUCCUCGUAAACCAUUUACAGACUUCCAGAUACAACAAAAUAGAUCCACUGCUUCCGUUCUCCGCUCCAGAUCUCUAGAGCUCAACGUGCGCUUGACAUUUCUUCUAUAAUCAGCUCAAGGUUACGCGAGCGGCGUAGUUGAACAGCAAUUGAGGACAGCAGGGGGAGGAAAUGGCAGCAGGAGGAUUCUUGACUCGAGCAUUCGAAUCGAUGCUCAAGGAGUGUGCUGGCAAGAAGUACCCCGAUCUUCAAAAAGCCAUUAAUGCCUAUCAAGAUGGUGUGAAGGAGGUGAAACAGAGUUCCAAAAUCGGUGAAGCUAGUCAAGGAGCAAUGGGUGGAGAUGGGAGUUUACAAGAAACUGAUGCGGUGGCUGGAAAGUCUGGAGGGUCUGAAUCACAUAUAGCUCCAAAUACUGCAGCGGGGGCUAGUCACCCAGCUGCUGCAAGUGGAGCCAUUACAACUACCUUAGCAAAUGCUGGCCAUACCUUAGAAGGGGCUGAGGCAGAGCUUGUUUUGAAUCCUCUUCGACUAGCAUUUGAGACAAAAAAUUUAAAAAUCCUUGAAUCUGCUUUGGAUUGUCUGCAUAAACUCAUUGCUUAUGAUCAUUUAGAGGGAGAUCCUGGUUUAGAUGGUGGCAAGAAUGUGCCACUUUUUACCGACAUUUUGAACAUGGUCUGCAGCUGUGUUGAUAACUCUUCAUCUGAUAGUACCGUACUGCAAGUGCUGAAGGUACUUAUUACUGCUGUUGCUUCCUCAAAGUUUAGAGUGCACGGGGAACCUUUACUCGGAGUAAUCAGAAUAUGCUACAAUAUUGCUCUUAACAGCAAGAGCCCCAUAAAUCAAGCCACAUCUAAAGCAAUGUUGACACAGAUGAUUAGCAUCAUCUUCCGGAGAAUGGAAACUGAUCUGGUUUCUACAUCAUCCGUGCAAGUUGAAGCUGCUUCAGUAGAUAAUUCAAGCUCAAAAAGUGAAGAAAUUUCUCCUGGUGAUGAAAAUGAGAAAGAGAUGACUUUAGGAGAUGCACUUAACCAAGUUAAAGGCACCACACUUGCAUCUGUUGAAGAACUCCAUUCUCUUGCUGGUGGUGCUGAUAUCAAGGGCUUAGAGGCUGUUCUUGACAAAGCUGUGCAUCUUGAAGAUGGUAAAAAAACCAAACGUGGGAUUGAGCUUGAGAGCAUGAGCAUUGGACAGCGUGAUGCAUUGCUAGUAUUUCGCACCCUAUGCAAGUCAAAAGCUUUUGAAGGAUCUUUUUUUCAUCUAAUUAUUUUAUAUGGUAUCCAGGGUUUAUUGGAAGGGGUUAGCCACUCGUUUACAAAGAACUUCCACUUCAUUGACUCAGUUAAAGCAUAUCUUUCAUAUGCUUUAUUGAGGGCUUCUGUCUCACAAUCCCCAGUUAUAUUUCAGUAUGCUACAGGAAUCUUCUCAGUACUUUUAUUGCGAUUCAGGGAAAGUCUUAAAGGUGAAAUUGGUAUAUUCUUUCCCAUUAUAAUUCUACGAUCACUAGAUGGCUCAGAAUGUCCUGUCAAUCAAAAGAUGAGUGUCCUCCGGAUGCUUGAGAAAGUGUGCAACGAUCCUCAGAUGCUUGUUGAUGUAUAUGUAAACUAUGAUUGUGAUCUUGAGGCACCAAACUUAUUUGAGCGCAUGGUUACAACUCUAUCUAGAAUAGCUCAGGGGGUCCAAAAUGCUGACCCAAAUUCUGUUGCUGCAUCCCAGACAACCUCAAUUAAGGGUUCAUCACUUCAGUGCCUUGUGAAUGUACUUAAGUCACUCGUUGAUUGGGAGAAAUCACGAAGAGAAUCAGAAAAAAAGAGUAAAACCAGUCAAUCAAAUGAAGAAGAGGGUUCUUCUGGUGAGUCUGUUGAUAUAAAAAGCUGGGAGGAUUUUCCAAGUAAUUUUGAGAAGGCAAAGGCACAUAAAUCUACAAUUGAAGCUGCUAUCUCUGAGUUCAACAGGAAGCCAAUAAAGGGUGUCGAGUAUCUGAUAUCAAAUAAGUUGGUGGAAAAUAAUCCUGUUUCAGUUGCUCAAUUUCUAAGAAAUACUCCCAGUUUAGACAAGGCAGUCAUUGGCGAUUAUCUGGGCCAACAUGAGGAGUUUCCCCUUGCUGUCAUGCAUGCUUAUGUAGAUUCAAUGAAUUUUUCAGCAAUGAAGUUUGAUACUGCUAUCCGUGAAUUCCUUAAAGGGUUUAGACUUCCUGGAGAGGCUCAAAAGAUUGACCGCAUCAUGGAAAAGUUUGCAGAACGAUAUUGUGCAGAUAAUCCGGGUCUCUUUACAAAUGCAGAUACUGCAUACGUUCUUGCAUAUGCAGUUAUAAUGUUGAAUACAGAUGCACAUAAUCCAAUGGUCUGGCCUAAGAUGUCAAAACCAGAUUUUGUGCGUGUGAAUGCCAUGAAUGAUCCUGAAGAUUGUGCCCCCAAAGAACUCCUGGAAGAGAUCUAUGAUUCUAUUGUUAAGGAGGAGAUAAAAAUGAAAGAUGACUCAGCUGGUAUUGGGAAGACCAGCAGACAAAAGCCGGAAGGUGAAGAAAAAGGUCGUCUUGUCAGUAUUCUCAAUCUGGCUCUUCCCAAAAGACAAUCAUCAACUGAUGCCAAGUCUGAAAGUGAAGCUAUUAUUAAGCAAACACAGGCGAUAUUCCGGAAGCAAGGAGUGAAAAGAGGAGUCUUCUAUACUGCAGAGCAGAUUGAACUUGUGAGGCCCAUGGUUGAGGCUGUUGGAUGGUCCUUGCUUGCUACUUUCUCUGUCACUAUGGAGGAAGGUGAGAAUAAGCCGAGGGUUGUUCUGUGCAUGGAGGGCUUCAAAGCCGGGAUACACAUUACAUAUGUUCUUGGAAUGGAUACCAUGCGCUAUGCUUUUCUGACAUCUCUUGUGAGAUUUACUUUCCUGCAUGCUCCUAAAGAAAUGCGUAGUAAAAAUGUGGAAGCAUUGCGGACUUUAUUGGUCCUCUGUGACUUAGAGCCUGAUACCCUUCAAGAUACUUGGAAUGCAGUUUUGGAAUGUGUUUCACGGCUUGAAUUCAUCACCUCAUCUCCAGCUAUUGCUGCAACAGUGAUGCAUGGAUCAAAUCAGAUCUCUAGGGAUGCUGUUGUUCAGUCUAAAGAAUUGGCUGGAAAGCCUGCUGAACAAGUUUGUAAUAGUGUUAAAUUACCUAGAUCCGUUGUGGAGUUCUUCACGGCUCUCUGUGGUGUGUCAGCAGAAGAAUUAAAACAAACUCCAGCUCGUGUUUUCAGCUUGCAAAAACUUGUUGAGAUAAGCUAUUACAACAUGGCUCGUAUACGCAUGGUCUGGGCAAGAAUAUGGUCUGUUCUCGCAAAUCAUUUUAUUUGUGCUGGGAGCCAUCGUGAUGAGAAAAUUGCUAUGUAUGCAAUAGAUUCUCUUAGGCAGCUUGGAAUGAAGUAUUUGGAGCGUGCUGAACUCACCAAUUUCACUUUUCAAAAUGACAUUCUUAAACCAUUUGUUAUCCUUAUGCGGAAUAGUCGAAGCGAAACCAUAAGGAGCCUAAUAGUUGACUGCAUUGUACAAAUGAUAAAAUCUAAAGUUGGAAGCAUAAAAUCAGGAUGGCGCAGUGUUUUUAUGAUAUUUACAGCAGCUGCAGACGAUGAACUGGAAUCUAUUGUUGAAAAAUCCUUUGAAAAUGUUGAACAGGUUAUAUUGGAACACUUUGAUCAGGUAGUUGGAGAUUGUUUUAUGGACUGCGUCAACUGUCUUAUCAGGUUUGCCAAUAAUAAGACUUCUCAUCGUAUAAGUUUAAAGGCUAUUGCACUUUUGCGAAUAUCAUCGUGUCUGUUUCCCAUAUUUGAUCACGUGAGACAUGCUGGGAAGGAAAGUUUAAUUGCUUCUGGGGAUGAGUUGUUUCGUGAAACAAGCAUCCAUUCGCUUCAGUUGCUGUGCAAUCUUUUCAAUACCUUUUACAAGGAGGUGUGUUUUAUGCUGCCUCCUUUACUGAGUUUGCUAUUGGAUUGUGCCAAAAAAACAGACCAGACAGUGGUUUCAAUUUCUUUGGGUGCACUGGUGCAUCUUAUAGAAGUUGGAGGGCAUCAAUUCAGUGAGAAUGACUGGGAUAUGUUGUUGAAAAGCAUAAGAGAUGCGUCAUACACAACUCAACCAUUGGAGCUACUCAAUGAUUUGGGCUUUGACAACCCCAAAAACACUAUAGUGUUGACUAGAGAUGCAGAGUUCAGUACCUCUGAAAAAUCCAUUAGCUAUGCUGAAGUGGAUAGCCAUGAAUUUGAUGGCAGUGGCAAUGGAAGGACAUCACCACUUGCAUCUCCAACCAUUGGUGCUCAGGGCACUGCAGGAAAUCCUAAUAUAUCAGCCACAGUGGAUCACAAUCAAGAAUCUGCAAUACAUUCAGAAGGUACUCCAUCACCUUCUGGAAGAGCUCAGAAACAUGCUGAAUCUGGGAGCUUCCAACGGAGUCAGACUAUAGGUCAAAGGAUUAUGGGGAAUAUGAUGGACAAUCUUUUUCUCAGGAGUCUCACCUCAAAAUCAAGGAAUAAUGCCACAGAUGUUCCAAUACCAUCUUCUCCGCCGAAGCUUCCGGAGGUUGUGGAGCCUGAUGGUAAAGAAGAAGAGGAAAGUCCACUCUUGGGAACAAUUAGGGGCAAGUGCAUCACUCAGUUACUAUUGCUUGGUGCCAUCAAUAGCAUUCAGCAAAAGUACUGGAGCAACUUGAAAGCACCACAGAAAAUUGCUAUAAUGGACAUAUUACUGUCAUUGUUAGAGUUUGCUGCUUCAUAUAAUUCAUACACCAAUCUCAGAAUGCGGAUGCACCACAUUCCUGCUGAAAGGUUUCUCACUGGUUCUGUCUCAUUGACCUUGUUGAAAUUAGUAGAUAUUCCUUGUUUGAUACUUGGUCAGCUAUAUUUCUACAUAAUUAGAGAUAUAACAAGCAUUUGCUCGGUUGUUUUGGUCUUUCAGGUCCUCAAAGGGAUGUGCUUUAUGAAUAAUCAGAUUUUCAGAAAGCACAUGAGAGAGUUCUAUCCUUUGCUCACUAAACUUGUUUGCUGUGACCAGAUGGAUAUUCGCGGAGCACUUGCUGAUCUUUUUAGGAUGCAAUUGAAACCUUUGUUACCAUAUUAGUCAUUUCAACUCGCUUUCAAGGGGAUGAUUUUUGGCAAUGCUUUAACUUGAGGCUGGAGCCUUGUUCUUGUGUGCCAGGUUUUUGUGCUCAUUAGCUCCCAACAUUUCGUUUGCACCCAGAUUCCUCCAGCGUAUCUUUCGGUAUUCUUCUUAUUUAGGAUUAGAUAUAGAUUAAAGCAAAAUAGAAUUAGAAUAUAUUUGAAGACCAAUUGAUGUUUUCUGUGAUGUCCAUUUUGUUAUUACAAUGGGAAGUUGCUUUAGAGGUGUUCACAGAUCUUCCUGUGACUGCGAGGGCAUAACCAUUUAUUGUACCAAAAUUUUCCUUAUAAUGAAAACUGUCGAUUAUUUGGUAAUUUUAA